AUGCCUGGAAAUGGAGAAAAGCGUGAUAGUGCUCCCUCCCACCUCAUUCUUCCAUCCCGAAAUAGCACCGCAAUACCCAUCAAAUCACCUCAAACAUUAAAUGCAAAGCCAAGUAGAACGCCCUCUCCCAAAAAAGAAACAUUCCCACCUCCUAGGAGGUCUUGCUACGAUGCAAUUCCACCAGUGCCUGGAUCAAUUCCCACUCAAGCCUCACCCUUUGGCAUAUUUCCCACAGGAUCAGGAGAGCACAAUGAUCCGGCUGGCAUUGCGAAGGAUGGUCAGCAAGCAUCCAAGAAUCCCCUAGAUGGAUCGCAACUGCCUUUAUCCUCGCUCAAUAAUCCUUCCAAUAAGACGCUUUUUGAUAUAUACGCGCCGUCAUAUAUUCCUCUAUGGCUAAGAGCAGUGAACGAGUCAAUCGCUGUACCUAGAUUCUGUUCCUCGCCUAACACAAUCAAUUUUACGGAGUACAUUGGGAGCUUUGCAGGCCGUCUAGUCUUGCAGCCGCUUGCACCAGUCCAACUACCUGCGAUACACAGUGUCCCCGUGGUCGAAUCCGUUUCACCUGAUUCACUUACUGCGGAGAAUUAUGCAGCUUACUUUAGGGAAGCAUUGCAAAAUGAGAUAGCAGCACAGGCUACGGAGCUGAGAUACUCAAACAUCUUCGCGGCACCUUUCGAGUUGCAAGACCCGGUGCAACAGCUCUUUCGAGUCAAAAUCCCUGGCAUUCGCGAAAACUCACCGAGGAUUGACCUUGGAGAUGUCGUUCUUGUUAGGCCACUGUUCCAUCGUUCUGAUGUGCAAGAGCUUACAGAGGUCUGGUCAGCGUCGGGUGGAGGCAAAGAGAGAGGUUUAUGUGCACCUGCUUUCGCUGGUCUCGAGUUCCAUGCAAUUGUGUGGGGAGUAGCACGUCCUAAGGAAGAGGUCCAUCUCCGUGUUGAUGGUCUUACGCAGCGGACCUGCAACAUCAUGUUUGCCGUCCAGGAGCAUCAAACCACACCAGUAGCACGAAGUAUAGCGUGCACUGCUGAGGCUCUACGAGCUUCCCGUUCAGCCAUGGCCAAAUCCAACUGGCUGAGCAGAAUGCUUUUCCCAACACCAUUUGACGCAGUCGUGCAAUCAACAUUACCGAGGGGCACCUUCCCUGAUAUGAAAUGGUUUGACACACAACUCAAUUACGAACAACAGAAAGCUGUCAGUGCUGUUGUUGAUUUGAGCUUUGGCAAUGUACCCUACCUUAUCUCUGGCCCUCCAGGCACUGGCAAGACGAAGACAAUUGUCGAGAUUACUCUGCAGCUCUUGCAAAGACCACAGCACCCAGCUACCGGUCAGGGCAGCCCCCAGCAAGCACCACACAUUCUUCUCUGUGCGCCCUCUGAUCCCGCGGCUGAUACAUUAGCUUCUCGCUUGGCCAGUUCGUUGACACCUGCGGAGCUGUUUCGUCUUAAUGGAUGGUCAAGAUCUUUCCCUGAAGUUCCCGGCCGCCUUCUACCAUAUUCCUAUGUGGACAAAGACCUCUUCUCGUUACCAAGCUUUGAAAGGAUCAUGUCCUACAAAGUAGUUGUGACUACCUGUCGUGAUGCUGAUAUGCUUGUCCGCGCUCGGCUUACGAAUGAGGCUCUGGGUUAUCUAGCAAGAAGCACAUUGCGCGCAGUCGCCCCAAGUGCACAUGCAGCUGUCAAUGAACUUCAGCUGCUACACUGGACAGCGUUAUUGGUGGAUGAGGCAGCACAAGCAACAGAGCCCGAGGCACUGAUUCCGCUAAUGGUUGUGACGCCGUCAAUUGAGAGCCAGGUAAAUACGCAGGUUCUGUCCUCCUUGCCUCAAUUCAUCAUGGCGGGCGAUGAAUAUCAACUUGGGCCCCGACUCUACUCGGGAUGUACUUCUGCCCUUUCAACCUCUCUGUUCGCUCGUCUCUUUUCUCGUGCCUUCUAUGCACAGCAUCCUCUUUCCCGGCAAAAGGGCUGCCCAAGACUGACGGCGUCGAUGCUUCCGAUGAACCGUCCAGCAUUCACUAACCUAUUUCGCAAUUACCGUUCGCAUCCGGCCAUCCUAUCUGUACCUUCUCAACUAUUCUAUGGUGACACGCUGAUUCCCGAAAAAAAUACCCUCUCUGACAUAAUCCGAACCUGGCCAGGCUGGAAGUCUCCCCACGGCUGGCCUGUACUGUUCGUGCAAAACACCACUCCUGAUACUGUUGAGUCUGUUCUAAGCGGUAAUGGAUUGGGCGCAGGCGCGCUCUACAAUUAUGGCGAAAUAAUGAAGGCGCUUCGACUGGUACAGAAACUCCUUGAGCAUCACACGAUCGACUAUCAGUUGAGUGAACACAUCAGACAGGAUGAGAUUGUUGUGAUAAGUCCUUUCAAAGCUCAAGUACAUCUUCUGAGAAAGACUUUCCGGGAGAACAAUCUAUAUGGUGUCAACAUUGGUCCCCUAGAGGCAUUCCAAGGAUUGGAGUCGAGGAUUGUUGUGCUUUGUACGACUAGAACCAGAAGAGGCGUGGAUGAUAAUGCAGCGAGAUUCGUGAAAGACGAUCAGGAACGAGGAAUAGGCGUGAUAGGACAGCCGAAGAGGUUCAAUGUUGCCAUCACAAGAGCCAAAGAAGGUCUGGUUGUUUUAGGAGAUCCGGAAACCCUGACCGUGGAAGGUGAUCCAUGCUGGGAGGCUUUCAUUAGCUUCUGUGCCAGAAACGGCUGUUUGGUAUCCCAGAAUAAGGAAUCCUCCGACUUGGGUUGGUCAGAGAAGUUUACCGAUCAAGAAAGGUUCAAGAAAGGUAGACUGGAGAAUGCAUUGGUGUUUGCUGUAGAUCUGAAGAUGAGAGAGGCUGCCAGAACAGAGCGGAAAGGUUUCGGAUACCCUGAAUCACCAACGACGAGACGGCGGAAAGGGGUCUCACUCAAGGGCCAGAUGCUUACGACUGAUGAUGAAAUGUGGAAGAGAGGUCUGCAGAUGGCAGAAGAUAUUCAGGAGUCUACAUUGCUUGAGGACGAGGACGAGGAUCAACAAGCUGAAAAGGAGCAGGAGGAAAGCCCAGAUCCGUGGAAUUCCGAGCGAUAUCCUGCAAGCAGGAAAGAGGAGCUGACUAGGAAGGACCGUCUUACAGAGGAGUCUCUCGGAGCGAGUCCGACACUGACUGCCAUCACAGCCAAGAGUAAUGUUGAGGGUGAGAAACGAGUCUUCUCUUCUGAGGGUGCAAAGGAGUUCGAUCGAGAUCCCAAGGCUGAAUUUGAGAAGAUGGACUGUGCUACGCAAUAG